UGGAGCUCUUGCACGCGGCAAAUCCCGUCUUGUGGUGCUAGCCACGCGCUGUUAGGAUGUCAGCGAGAAGUCAUUCCGCAGUGACUAACCGGAGCCAGCCUCACCUUCAAGGUGACGGUAGUUCUGCAUGUCUCGAAUCACUUCAGCACCUUCGCCCCCGCUACACCGCCCAUGAGCCGUCGCAGCGCGCUUUCAGAGGAUCCAGCAGCCGAUGUGGGAGACCCGGACUCAUGCCAAUCUCCGCCGAUAUAUUCAAGCCUCGCAAUAUUAUGACGCCAUGAUCGACGCCCUCGUCCGUGCCCACUUUCUUCUGAUCUCUCACUCAUCUCCAUCCCUUCGCAAUGGACGAUCCCACAACUGGCGCACCAUUCUACCCCUCCGCAUCGAAGCCCGCCGGGCCCGCACUUGACGGCCUCGACGCCUCCGCCGAGAUGUUCCUGAACCCCGCCGACAGCCCCAGAGUCGACGCGCCCAGAGCGGCUGACCACGACUACCAACCUCUGUGCGAUAGCCUGUCGCAUAUCGUAGCGAGUAGCGAUCCGGCGCGGUUCGCGGGCGCCCAGCCGGACCAACUAGCGCCCUCCGAGAUUCGCAAAGAGGCCGUCCAUGCUGCCACCCCUACUAUCGCCGACAAGAGCUGGCUCAAGCACUUCUUUCCCUCCGCCGAAACGGUAGACCGCCUUUUUGCUCGCGAGCACAUGGGCAACUUCGUAGUCGACCGCCAGACCGGGCGCAAGGUGUUCGAGAGCAUGCCUCUUUAUGUGCGCGUGGGCAUGCACCUGCUCUUCGUCUCGGCAUCUCAAGCUGUCGCAUACCGUGCCGUAGAGCAGCUGCUCAUCACCCAAUCCUUGAAACAGGGCGAGCAGUAUGACGCUACGGGUCCGGGCGUGCUUCCACACAUCCAGGCGUUCAUUAACGCUUAUGCCAUUCCGCUGGAUGAGCUCCUCGAACCCGACCUCACAAAGUACCCGACUUUCAACCACUUCUUCGCACGCCGGCUCAAGGCGGACGCGCGCCCAGUCGCCUGUCCCGACGACCAGAGUGUGGUAGUGUGCCCGGCAGACUGCCGACUCAGCGUGUUCGCGACGGUCGAGGCCGCCAAGACUCUCUGGAUCAAGGGCCGAAAGUUCACCAUCUCCUGCCUCCUGUAUGGCGACGACAAGGACGAUCACCAGUUCGACAGUGUUGCCCGCUCGCCCGCCUCCGUAGCCGUGGCGCGGCUUGCGCCACAAGAUUACCACCGUUUCCACAGCCCCGUCGACGGCGAGAUUGUUUGUGUGAAAGAUAUCGCCGGCGAGCUAUACACCGUCAACCCUCAAGCAGUCAACGAAGACCUGAACGUCUUCACACUGAAUAAGCGCAGCGUGAUGCUGAUUCACGCGGACAUGGGCUUGAGCGCGCGCGUGCCCAUGGCCUUCGUCGCCGUAGGCGCCAUGCUUGUCGGCUCGAUCUGUUGGUCAAAGAAACCUGGCGACCGGGUACGCAAGGGCGAAGAGCUCGGCUGGUUCCAGUAUGGCGGGAGCACGUGCAUUCUCGUUGUGCCGCAGUCGUCCGGGCUCAAGUUUGACGAGGACCUGUUGCGCACGAGCCAGAAGGGGAUGGAGACGCUCGUGCAGGUCGGUACAAGCAUGGGGCAUGUUGGGCGACCGCGGGGUGUGCAGGAAGCGGAGUGGGAAGUGUAAGCGUGUAUGUAAGAUCCAUGAAUGUUAUGAUGUCCGAAG